AUGAGUGCUUCAGCUGCGCCAUCGACAUCUCAAGCAUCGAGCAGGCCUCCGGUAACGCUAGGACAGAGUACACAUCUUGAUCCUGGUGCCUAUGUCCGUGGCACCCACGCAAUCACUCUGGGCGAACACAUUUUAGUACACCCGCGAGCCCAGCUCAUUGCGAUCCAUGGUCCGCUUUCAGUUAGUGACAAGUGUAUCAUCUCUGAAAAGUGCGUAAUUGGCGGACCUGUCCCGAGCGCAUCGACCACAGAUCCGAGUUCGAAAGCGGCUGCUGCAGGGAGCAAUCCAACGACACCAUUACUCGGUCAGCCGGGCGAAAGCGACGACGACGAGCAUGAUCCUGUAAAGACCACGGUUGGCUCAAAUGUCUACAUGCAUCCCAGCUCCCAGAUCCAUGCUGGAGCCACGAUCAAAGAUAGUGUGCUGAUAGAGCCUCAUGUAACUAUUUUCGCGAACGUCGUGGUUGGAGCGCAUGCGAAGAUCUGUGCCGGCGUGACCGUGGAUCGAGAUGUGGAAGAAUGGACCGUGGUCUACGGCCGUGGCGACGUCAAGCGGCACCGAAAGACACCGCGUUUGAACAGUAACAUUCAAGAGGAUCACUCGGACGUCGUUGAGAUGUUGAGGCUCAAAGCCAUGGACAAGGAGCGAGAAGGGACUGUCAGCAUCUUCAAAACAGCAGCACGGGCGAAUCUAACGAAGAAGAAAUGA